AUGGCCUGUUUCUGUGUUCGAGCCAAGCGCUGCUGCUGCUGCUGCUGCUGCUUGUCAGAAUUUUUGCCUCUGUGCAUGGCUUUGCCCAGAUUGGCCAUGUCUGGGUUGUUCCUCCCACAGUUGGAUCCUGUUAUGCAGGCUGCUGCUGGCUACCAAGACACGCACGACUAUCAGCGCAUGGUCCCCAGAACUCCACCAAAUGAUGGAACGCAAGGCAGGCUGCCAGCAGAGCUGUCCCUGCAGUCCCCGGUCGACUUCAUGGAAGGACGGCCCCCACGCACAGGUCACCGUCGAGCUGCAUCAGUGGAUGUGCCGACGCCCCCACAGAUGCACGAGAGGUGGACAGAGCCUCCUGCAAGGUCGCCUUCCGCGCACCGCACGCCGCAAGAUAGGCAAUCUUACGCACGGGCUUUGUCCCAGGGGCAGACCCAUGUCCAUCAAGGCUCAGGACGCGUGGGCGCUCAAGGUGGUGCAGCAGCCAGAAACAGCUCCCCCGGGCCUGUGCAGUUGACGAGAGCGCAGUCUGACAGGGUGGAUUCUGCUGGGGCAGCCAAUUCGUUUGGCCAGGGAAGCCCUGGGCUUCACCGCCACCGCCGCCGAACCGCAUCUGACACGCGAUUCCUGCAGCAGCAGCCGCUGCACGGCCACGGGGUGUUCAUAGCGCGGCUGCCGUUUGGGACAGAGGCAGCAGAGGUGGUGAAUGUCAUGGGCGAAUUUGGAGCGAUCGUAGGGGGCGUGGACGGGAUACAGGUUCGAGACGGGCGGAAUGGCUGUUACGCCUUUGUGAGCUACGAGACUGAAGAAGCGGCAGAGGCUGCUAUCAGGGGCCCUGUGAAAUUUGGAGGGAAGCAGGUGUUCAUAGAACGGAAGUACUCCACUGUGGAUGGUGCCGCGGGUGCGCCUAGCCCAGGCCCAAAUCUGGCAAGGGGGAGGGGAAGGCCUGGUCCUGGCUCGCGGCGCACAGGAUCGGUUGGGUGA